AUGGCUUCCCUCGUCGCCAACAAGCCCAAGCAUGACUGGGCCGACGACGACGACAUCGAGGAGACGGCUCCCACCGAGCUCCCACCCACGCAGACCAUCUCCAACAAGGACGGCACCAAGACGGUCAUCUCGUACCGCAUCAAUGAGGAUGGACAAAAGGUAAAGACGACGCGGCGCGUCCGCUUCACUACGCACAAGGAGACGGUGAACCCCCGGGUGGCGGACCGCAAGACGUGGUCCAAGUUCGGUCAGAGCGCCAAGGACGGCAGCGGCCCGACGACGGACACGACGUCGGUGGGAGAAAACAUCAUCUUCCGCCCCAGCAUCAACUGGCGCAAGGACGCCAAGGAGGAGUCGAGCGAGCAGGAGCAGCUCAAGGACAAGCUCAAGGACAAGAAGGUCAAGUGCCGUAUCUGCAGCGGAGAGCACUUCACCGCCCGCUGUCCCUACAAGGACACCAUGGCCCCCGUCGGAGCCGCUGGCUCGGCCGACCCGGCUGCCGGCAUGGGAGAUGAGCCCAGCUCUGCUGGUGGCGCCGGCGGCGGCGCCGGCGGAGGCGACAAGAAGGGAUCGUAUGUCCCCCCCGCUCUGCGCGGGGACCGUCCUGCUGGCGAGCGUAUGGCCGGUGGCUCCAAAUUUGGAGACCGUGAUGACUUUGCUACCCUGCGUGUUACCAACGUUUCCGAAAUGGCAGAGGAAGGUGAACUCCGCGACAUGUUUGAGAGGUUCGGUCGCGUCACCAGGGUGUUCCUCGCCAAGGACCGCGAGACCGGCAUGGCCAAGGGCUUUGCCUUUAUCAGCUUCGUCGACCGUGAAGACGCCGUCAAGGCAUGCAACAAGAUGGACGGAUUCGGUUUCAAGCACCUCAUUCUCAGGGUGGAGUUUGCCAAGAAGGCUCAGUAA